AUGUCUGACCGUGAAUCCGACUCCGAGCCCCAUGAGCGCACGACCAUGCAGCAGGAGAAGGCCAUCCUGGCCAAAAAGCAACAGAGGCGCGAGGCGGGUCUCCAGUCCGCCCGCUCGCGAUCCCAAUCCCGCCGCGACCGCCGGCGACGCAUCCAGAAGGGCAUCGAGGAGGGCAAGUACAUGAAGACGGCCUCGCUGGAGGCACUCGAGGAAGCCGAUGCCAACAACGAGCUCAACUCCAUGCAAGCCUUCGAGCGCAUUGGUCCGGAUUCCACCUCUAUGGACGGCCCCGUCACCAAGGCCAGAGCCAUGCGUGGUGAGAUCCCAAUGCGAGGUACGGAUCCCAAUCAGCCGUACCGGCAAGGGGAAGACAAGAAGAAGAGCGCAUUGGACGAGCAGGACGGCUUGAAGUUGAAGCUCGAGGCGAAUCUCGAGAUCGAGAUUGAGCUCAAGGCUUCCAUCAGAGGAGAUCUCACAUUGUCUCUAUUUGCAUGA